CGGAAUAUUCUCUAAAACAAAAACAGCGAUGACCAAAUCUAUGAGCAGAAUUAUAAAACAUCCAUAACGACAUUUAAAGCCGUUUAAAUUCUGAUCAUUAGUCAAGGGUUCUUCUGCAACACAAUCGAGAAUUUUUCGCUCAGCCUGAAAUGGAAGAAGUAAAGAUUGGAAGAAAAGUUAUGGUAGCAGUUGAUGAAACAGAGGAGAGCAUGUACGCAUUAGAGUGGGCUCUGGAUCACCUCAUAAUUCCAGGGGAUUCUCCAGCCUCUGACAAACUUAUUCUCAUGCACGCACAACUCCCUGCUGGAGCAAAUACUCCACUUACAGGUCAUGUUGCAUUUACAGGUCAUGUUUUGGACAUACUGGAGAGAAGAGAGGCUACCAAUUCCAGGCAAAUUUUAACGCGUGCCAAAGGAAUUUGCGAGAAAAGAAAUGUUGCAGUGGAGAGUAAAGUGGUUGAAGGAGAAGCCAAGUAUGCGAUAUGUGAGGCGGUUAACCAAAUGCGGGUGGAUCUACUCGUGGUAGGAAGCCGUAGUCAUGGAGCCAUUAAGAGGGCUUUUGGAAGGAGCGUAAGCGAUUACUGUUCGCACAAUGCCAAAUGCCCGGUGGUCAUCGUGAAAAGACAAGAUGAAUAAAUCUAAUCGUGGGGAUUCGAUCCAAAUAAUUUAUAUUCACAAAAAAUUAUCUCGAUGUUACACGUUCUCAUUACUAAAUUUCAAAGUGCGGUCAUCAACCUUACAAAGUCUCUGUUAUAUGGAAUCUCGGUCCCCCAAAAACAUGUUCUCACCAUUUGCAAUUAUAAAAGCCUUUUUUGAGCAUUUACUUAUAAUGCUUGCCAUGUAAAUUAAUAAGCAUAGAUUCUUUCUUAGACUUUUUUUAAUUUCUUGGAGCUCACAACUAAAUUAUACUUUGUACAUGAACACAUUAUGAUUCAAAUAUUUAUUGUAUUUUACACAUGGAUAUUUGAGGCUUUAUGUUUUUACCUAUGACUCAUUUUGAUUUUGUCCUCUAAUGGCACAAGGCAUAGCGUUCAUGCCACUUUAAAUUAA